CCACCGUCGAACAACGAACGCAUCCUGCAACGCACAGCAGAGAACAGCAUCCAUCCAUCCAUCCAUCCAUCUGAUCCUCACACAACACUAUAGCAAAAAUGGCCGACGGCUCGCAAAUGCCCACCUUCAAGCUCGUUCUUGUUGGUGAUGGUGGAACAGGAAAGACCACCUUCGUGAAGCGUCACUUGACUGGAGAGUUCGAGAAGAAGUACAUUGCCACCCUCGGAGUCGAAGUCCACCCCUUGACUUUCCACACCAACUUCGGUCAAAUCUGCUUCAACACAUGGGACACCGCUGGGCAAGAAAAGUUUGGUGGUCUCCGUGACGGUUACUACAUCCAGGGACAAUGCGCCAUCAUCAUGUUCGACGUGACGUCUCGUAUCACAUAUAAGAACGUCCCCAACUGGCACCGUGACCUUGUCCGGGUGUGCGAGAACAUCCCAAUUGUUCUGUGCGGAAACAAGGUUGACAUCAAGGAGCGUAAGGUGAAGGCCAAGGCAAUCACCUUCCACAGGAAGAAGAACCUUCAGUACUACGACAUCUCCGCAAAAUCCAACUACAACUUCGAGAAGCCUUUCCUCUGGUUGGCGCGUAAGCUUAUUGCUAACGCCAACCUCGAGUUCGUCGCCGCCCCGGCACUGGCCCCCCCGGAGGUCCACCUUGACCCCGCACAAGCAGCCGAGUACGAGCGCCAGCUCACCGAGGCGCUUGUCCAACCCCUGCCCGCCGAGGAGGACGAAGACUUGUAGAUAAUAUAUCCCUGGGAAAACAAUACGGAAGGAUCAGCUCCCUCACCAUUCGGUCCCCUUUUCACUGUCUGGGGAGAGAGGGUAGAUGCUCUUACUCUCAAGACUGGAAAAACCCCUGUACCUAUCUCACAACCCGGAACCGUCGUUCGCUGAACGCACCUCUCGAUAGUGGUGGGAGCAUUAAUCACCCGUCCUAAUCCGAACCAAUCCCCCUUACCUACCCCCGUCUGUCCCUCUUCGUUGAUGGCUUUUUUUGUCUUGGUUUUUUUUUAUUUGGUCCGGUUUGCGGUGAGGCGUAAUAUAAAAUGGAUACACAAAACAGAUCUGAGCAGA